AUCAAUGCUUUGCUAUCCCAUGAUUCAUUUCGAAAAGAAAAGGUCCUAGUUAUUUGUAUCUUAGUGGUUCUUGUAGCGCCGGUGGUAAUUACAACGCUAAUCUUUAGCGUUACGUUUUUCGGUUAACCGUAUUUAAUGGGAUUUUAUUCGGAUAACACAUAGUAUCAUUAGAAACUGUUUUAUAUUUUACGCUUUAUUGCAGGUUCCUGUAUGUUUCAGGAUGUCAUACCCUCCUCCGCUCAACCGCCAGCAGCUCGGCAUCCCGCAGUUACCUCCCAGGAUCCCACCUCCUCAGUAUGCGGGAUUUGGACAGACGGUCCCUCCAGGUACUCCCAUGAUCCCGGUUCAUAUGGGAGUCGUGACCCCAACACCCACAGUUCUUGUCCCGACCACAGUUGCUGUAGCACAUAAGCCAAUGCUUACAAAGAAGGAGCCUAUGAUCAGAGCCAAGGACACGGAUGACAGCGGUGGCCCCACCACCACUGUAUUUGUAGGGAACAUCUCUGAAAAGGCAUCGGACAUGUUGGUCAGACAGCUUCUAGCGAAAUGUGGUAUUGUUCUAAGCUGGAAAAGGGUUCAAGGUGCCUCUGGGAAACUUCAAGCCUUUGGGUUCUGUGAGUAUAAGGAGCCUGAGUCCACACUGCGAGCCCUCAGACUUCUACACGAGUUGCUCUUAGGUGAUAAGAAGCUGUUGGUGAAGGUAGAUGCCAAAACCAAGGCCCAGCUAGAUGAGUGGAAGGCCAAGAAGAGGAGUGCCAACGGGGGAGCCAGUAGUGGCUCUAAGAAUGGGGAUGACGAUGACGAGGAGGUUCUCGAUGAAGAAACACUGCGUCGGGACCAGGUGGUUAAGGGGGCUAUAGAUGUCCUCAUCCGAGAGUAUGCUAGUGAGCUCAAUGCUCCCUCGCAGGACCCUGACAGUCAACCUCGCAACAAGAAGCGGAAAGAAAAGAAAGAGGAGGAGGAUAUCAAUGCCAUGGAGAUGGAGGAUGACAAGAGAGACUUGAUUUCCAGAGAGAUCAGUAAAUUCCGGGACACACACAAGAAACUUGAGGAGGAAAAAGGAAAGAAAGAGAAGGAGCGACUGGAGAUCGAGAGGGAAAGGAGAGAGAGGGACAAAGAGCGUGAGCGGGAGAGGGAGCGCCGCGACCGCGAGAAAGAGAAGGAAAGGGAGAGGGAGAGGGACAAGGAGCGGGAAAGAGACCGUGAUCGCGAACGGGAGAGAGAUCGUGAGCGGGAGAGGACGAAGGAGCGAGAGAGGGAGCGGGAGAGGGAGAGGAGUCGAGACGUCAGUGAAGGUCGCAGCAGGUCGAGAGAGAGGACCAGAGAAGAAAAAAAACGAGACCGCGAAGAAGAUGAGGAGGACGUGUACGAACGGAGGAGACUCGAGAGGAGGCUUAGAGACAAGGAGGCGGCAUACCAAGAACGCCUGAAAAACUGGGAGAUCCGGGAGAGGAAGAAGGCUCGUGACUACAGCAAAGAAACAGAGAGGGAGGACGAGAGGCGUCGUGAAAUGAUGAAAGAGGCCAAAAGGCUGAAAGAAUUUCUUGAAGAUUAUGACGACGACAGAGAUGAUCCAAAAUACUACAGGGGCAGCGCUUUGCAGAAGCGACUUCGUGACCGGGAGAAGGAGACAGAAUUGGACGAGCGAGACCGGAAGAGGGAGAAGGAGGAGCUGGAGGAGAUCAGGCAGAGGCUUCUGGCUGAAGGCCACCCUGACCCUGAUGCUGAGCUGCAGAGAAUGGAGGAGGAGGCAGAGCGCAGGCGACAGCCUCCUCUGAAACUGGAACCCGAGGAGGAUGUGAGCCAGGAGAAGGCUCGCAAGGAACGAGAUCGGGAACGAGAACGAGAUCGGGAACGAGAACGAGAUCGGGAACGGGAUCGGGAUCGCGAAAAGAGAGGGACAGGAAGGCCCGCGGAGCCGGUGCCUCGAGCCCCCCAGCAGCAUUCGGAUGAUGAUGAAGAGGAAGGGGAGGAGGACGACUACCAUGAUGGUGAGGAUUCACAAGAGGCCAAGCCGCAACUCAAACCCAUCAUGCGACCAAUCACCACGGCUCCCUCAGUUUCAUCUGCCAGUGGGAACGCGACUCCAAACACACCCGGCAACGAAUCUCCCUGUGGCAUCAUCAUUCCAGGCGAAAACACUCCUGAGGUCCAAGCUCCGGAGGAACACCGGCCAAAGAUUGGUCUCAGUCUAAAACUGGGUGCCACCAACAGUCCCAGCCAGCCCAACGUUGGAAAGCGAAAGAAGCUGGCGACUGUGGAAAGUGUUUUCAACAAGUUUGAUGAUGAGGAGGCCGAUGAGCAGCCUCGCAAAAGGAAACUGGUUCCACUGGACUACGGUGAUGACGACAAGAGUCUGGGCCUGGAUGGGGCAGAAAUUCCAGGGGCCAAAGGCAGCGUCAACACAGAGGAGAAACGCAAGCACAUAAAGAGUCUUAUUGAGAAGAUCCCCACAGCCAGGCCCGAGCUCUUCUCCUACCCUCUGGACUGGACUAUGGUUGACUCGACUCUGAUGGAUCGCCGCAUUAAACCCUGGAUUAAUAAGAAGAUUAUUGAAUACAUCGGCGAGGAGGAGGCCACACUGGUGGAUUUUGUCUGUUCAAAGGUGAUGGCCCACAGCACCCCUCAGGGAAUUCUUGACGAUGUUGCUAUGGUUCUUGAUGAAGAAGCAGAAGUCUUCAUAGUAAAAAUGUGGAGGCUGUUGAUAUAUGAAACAGAAGCGAAGAAGAUCGGACUGGUAAAAUAAAGAACACGUUUCUCUAACUUCUUAGAUCACAAUUCUGCUACCAACAGUUUUCUGCUACCAGCAGACUGUCAACAUGUGCCCAUACACCCCUCCAUUCCAUCAGCAAGGAGCUGCUGCCUUGAAUAUGUGUGUGUGUGUGUGUGUGUGUGUGUGUGUGUUUGGAAAGGAAAAUCUGUGCUGUGAACAGAAAAGCUCUGCACAAACAUACUGCAUGAUAAACUUUGGUUGUUUUUUUUUUCCUUUGAGGCAAAUUUACCCGUCUGUUCUCCAAGAUGUUGGACUCGUUCUGCUUUGAUUUACUGUUAUGUUGAGGCUCCAUUGUGUGAACUAAUAAAUAUGCUUUUUUAGAAAA